AUGAACAAUUACCUAAUUGAUGUGCAAAUAUUAUAUUAUAGAAUAAAUCAACGAAAAAGUGCCUCAAAGCAACCUCUGUUUGAUUUGGCUCUUCAAUAUAUUUUUAAUGAUGUCUAUACAAAAUAAGCUAAUUGGAUGUCAAAUGAAGUGAAUUAUGAAUUGAUUUCCUCAUCAAAUAAGGAUCACAUUGAUAAAUUUUCAACAUCUGAUUAAUUGGCAGGACAAGAAUCCUAUCAUCUGUUUGUUUAGUGA